AUGGGUUCCGUGACUCGAGUCCUUGUUUUACUUAGCAUGGUUGCAUGUCUCACCUCUAUAGCCCAUGCAAUUGCUGGUGAAGCCACAUAUUAUACUGUGCACACUACUCCAUCUUCAUGUUAUGGUUAUGAAGACCGUGGAAAUAUGAUUGCGGCCGCGAAUAGUGGCUUGUUUGCCAAUAAGGCGGCAUGUGGAAGGAGGUACAGGAUCACCUGUACCGGCCCGAGAUCAUGCAAAGGUGGUAGUGUUGAUGUUACAAUUGUUGAUCUUUGUCCAGCAUGUGCGGCAAAUGGUUUUGAUCUUUCACAAGAGGCAUUUUCAGCUAUUGCUGAUCUUGGUGUUGGAAGAAUUAACAUUGAUUAUACCCCGAUAUGAAAAUACAAACAGGCCAGAGACUUGGAAACAAGUUCUCUUCGCGAGUUAUAAAAAAAAGAGUUGAUGAAUAAAGAUGGUGAUA